UGCGACGGCCAUGGAGAAUGGACUGGGGACUUUUCAAACCAUCCUGCUGAUGUGAUUGAUGUUCUCAGCUGAUUUGCAGACACUGACUCGUCGCGGUAUGUAGUGAGAGCUGCGGGUCGUUACGCACCGGACGCCGCGCGGUUUCGCUGUGUUUCUCUUGUGUCUUGUUUGUUUUGUUGGAUCGGUUGAUGUGAUGUGGGGCCUGUCGCGCUGCCUUGAAGUCACUCCCUAGAAAUGUAGCUUGGGGUUACAACACUGGUAAAGCUGUCACUGCAGGUAUUGCUGUGUGGACGAUGCACGAGCGAUGUCUGAUGUUGAGGCCACGUACGCAGACUUCAUCGCCUCCGGCAGGACGGGACGCAGGAACGCCAUGCACGACAUCCUGCAGAGUCCCACCGACCCCGAGGGACGAGAGAUGCCCCUCACCCUGUCUCUGUCCCAGCUGCACAUCAACGCAGGAGGGGGAGAUGGAGACGACACUGAGGACAGCCAGAGCUCCUCUUCCUCCUCAGCCCACAGGGGCGCUGAGCAGAGGAACAGCUAACCUUCCACACGCUCCUGCCAGUGGACAGAGAGUUGCAAGAUGGAUUCCAGCCGCCAUCGUGAUGAAACCGUUUAUCCAAAUUGGGCUGGUAGCCGGAGGGUAGCAACACCACUGUUGAGGUGCCUAUAAACAGGCAACUGACCCCCAAAAUCCACCGUAGAGGCGCUGUGCUGGGAUGUGAUCACACAGUGCUCUCAUGUCCCUGUGGCCCUGCUGUGCACUAGAAUAACAGACUGUUGGCAAGGGUGUAUUUCAAAGUUGGGGUAAGUAGAGAGACACAUUUGUAGCUCUUGUACAGCUGAUUUUACUUUCAGUCGUAGUUACUAAACACACAGGCUGGAGGAUUGGGAUAAAAAGAGAAAAUGGACAGAGAUCCUAUGUGAGUUUUGUAGUUGCGCAAGCAAUUUGUAAGACCACUGAGACGUGCUGAUAUAAUGCAUCACAGUGGGAGUAGCAUGUUUGUAGUGAUGCUGAUAGAGAUUAUAUUGCCAGCUAAUGGCUUGUGCUUCCUUGACAAUACUGUAGAUGGAAUUUGACUACUCAGCUAUAGUAGAGCUGGAAAACACCAUGAGCAAAAACACUGGGGCUUGGUUAGUUUAUCUGUUGAAAGGUGUGUUCACUGAUUCUGUUGGACUAAAUCCAGUCAUAUGCUGAAUGUGAAACUGGCCUAUACUGUAAAAAAUAACCGCACUGGAAUGGUGGUGUGACAGUGUUCUGUUGACACCAACAAUACAUAAUAAUACAUUUACAGUGAGUAUGGAUGACAUAUUUCAAUGGCUCGUUGGUUAAAAAAAAUAAAUGUUGAUGAUCUACUCUUUUAAAAUGUUUAUACUUUUGUUUUUUUACUUUUCUAAUGAUGCCAUUAUUAUCACAACCUUCGAGGAGUAGUUUGAAAUUUGGGGAAAAUACGCUUAUUUGCUUUAUUGCUGAGAGUUAAAUGAGAGGAUUGAUACCAUUUUCAUGUCUGCGUGCUAAAUAUGUAGUUGGAGUCAUUAGAAGGUUAGCUUAGCUUAGGAUAAAAAGUGGGAACAGGGAAACAGCUAGCCUGGCUCUGUCCAAAUGUAACAAAAUCUGCCUACCAGCUGCUCUAAGGCUCACUAAUGAAUAUGUUAUUUCUUGUUUGAUAAAUCUGUCCAAAAACUGAAAUGUAGAAACUACAAUUAGCCAUUUUACAGGGGGUCAUAUGUUAAACUAUUUCUCGUCUGGGACCAGUUGCCAGGCGGCCCUCGGACACUCCAGGAAGUUUUUGGUCUUUUCUGCAACACAGUUUUUGUAUGGAUUGAGCAAAUGAGAUAUAACAUGUUAAUUAUUGAGCCUUAUUGAGCUUUAUUGAGUUCUGGUAGGCAGAUUUUGUUACCUUCGGACAGAGCCGUGGGCUAGCCCAGUUUUUUCCCGUUUCCGGUCUUUAUGCUAAGCUAAGCUAAAAUCUGUAAAGGUGUGAUAUCAAAGGGGCUUUUGAUACCUCACGACCUUUGACCUGCGAUCUACUAUUUUUUUUAACUUUGUUGUUGUUUUGGUGUUUUAAAGAGUAUUAAUUAGCUCACAGAUUAGCUAAGUGUGUUCCUACUUCCUCUCUAUGUUCAUUCGUGUACUUCCUGAUUAACAACAACUAACAACUAACUUGUUUUGGGGUUUUUUUUGAUACGAGGUGUGGAUUUAUUAUGACUUAUCUUAAUAGAUAAGCUAGUUAGCGAAGCUAAACGGCAUCUGGCUCCAUCUACACAUUUAGCAUACAGACGUGAGAGGGGUACCAAUCUUCUUAUCUAACUCAGCAGUAACGUAAACAGGUGUAUUUCCCAAAAUGUCAAAAUAUUCUUUAAAUGUAGAUAUGCAAUACUCAGUGGAGCUUCCAGUAAGUGUAAUGUUUGUGUGAAAGUUUCUCGAAUGUUGAGGCUGAACUACAUUCCUGCUUUUUUGUGUAGUAACGGAUACAUCCCAAAAUCAUCAUCCACAAAGACCACCACGCAUGCACUGUACAAACUGUGUAUUCUGUUAUUUUAUCCCCAGUAUAAUCUUACUGUAACACUGCAGCUUGACUGUGUCUCAUUCUUAUUCAUACUGAUGAUAAUAGGGCAACUAUAGCUCUGUUUAUAAUACUCAUUCAAUCAGGUUUCCAAGUUGUAAACUGCCAUGUGACUGUGUAGUGACUCACACCUGCUUCAACAACACUGUAAACCCAGCUGUUCAUAAUUCAGCAUGUAGAAAUAUGGCAGGUGCAUGAUUCUGCUAAAUGUGUAGGUGCUGGUCUGACUGUCUGUAAGCAUAUUUUCUACCCUGUGUGUCAAAACAAAAUAAAUAACU